AUGGACCACCUGACCGAAGAGCAAACUUUCAACCAGGUGACCAUGGAAUGGGACGGCUACAGCUGGACAACUUCACCGUCGACCGAGGUCAGCAUGAGCAUAGCAGACGUCCUGGGAAGCCACGUUAUGCAAACCAAACUGCUGGAGGCAGCACUUUCAACAUCAUCGAAGAUCGGUGACUUGAGGGCGUCGCUGACAGCUGCUAAUGAUGAGCUGUCUGCCAGUGCCACGAUGGAGUCCGGUUUCGCGGUGGAUCCUGCAAGUGUGCUGCUGGUGGAUCGGGCUUUGCAAAGCGUUGUCCUCAACGCUGGGCGUACCUCAGCCAACAGACGUCAAAGACUAAAGGCCAGUCACUUCUUCUGA